AUACAGUCAUACUCGUAAUAAUUUGCUACAUACUGUUAAUUAGCUAUGGAUCUAAUACUCUCUCUGCAAUCUCUCUUAGUUUUCCUCUCCAUCUAUGUCUACCUUCAUUUUUACACCACUCGACCAAAGAAAUCCACACACGCCGGCUUCAAAGUUUACCCGAUUCUCGGAUCCCUACCGGGAUUUCUCAAGAACCGGCACCGCUUCCUCGACUGGACCACCGAAAUCCUCCGCAACUGUCCCACCAACACCGCCGUCUUCUUCCGCCCGGGAAAGAUUCACGGCAUCAUCACGGCCAACCCUUCCAACGUGGAGCACAUGCUCAAGACCAACUUCGAGAACUACCCCAAAGGCGAGCGGUUCAGCUUUCUCCUCCAAGACUUCCUCGGCGGCGGAAUCUUUAACGCCGACGGCGAGCUCUGGAAGCUCCAGAGAAAGACGGCCAGCUACGCCUUCAGCGCCAAAUCACUCAGGAAUUUCGUCAUGGAUAACGUCAGCUUCGAGAUUCAGACCAGGUUAGUUCCACUUUUGGCGCGAGCCUCCGAAACGGGAUGUCGUUUGGACCUCCAAGACGUCUUGGAGCGAUUUGCCUUCGACAAUAUUUGCAAGAUGGCAUUCAACGUCGACCCUGCUUGUCUCGGCGGCGAUGGGAAAUCCGCCGCCGAGUUUAUGAAGGCGUUUGAUGACGCUGCCACGCUUUGCUCCGGAAGGUUCCUCUACGCCUUUCAAUUUAUUCUUCUCUUCAAAAAAGUU